GUUCUCCGGUUGAAAAGAAAAGCUGCGGAAGGUCAGCUCGCUUUUCUUACUGUCACUCGCGGCGGGAGCGUGAUUAAAUGUCAUUAUCUUACCACCGAAUGAAGACGUGGCGCUCUUCAUUGUCAGCGGUGACGGCAAUUGUCGUUUCAACUUGAAAACAAAUAUAUAUUUACUUUAAAGGAUUUUACCCGCUGUUUUUUAAUGUUUUGACACGCGCGCCAACACGGAAGUGGAAUGGUGACGUCAGCCGAAAUGCACCGUGGGAGCUGAAAUUGUCAACAGAGGGCUUGAUCUUACAGGUCGAGCCCACAACGCCUAUCGAAAACGUACAGGCCAGGCGGAAAAUCGAUUCCUGUACUUUUUUGUUUUUAUACGAAAAAACAACCUUCCCGCCCCUUCCCCUGACAACAUCUCGAAGAGGAGUGGCCAAAGGCAUGAGCCAAAAUGGCUUCGACGGGGCGGCAGUUUCCCACUUGGAAGUGAUUCACCCAAACAGCAGCUAGCGAGCUAACGAGGAGCUCUUCAAUAGGGGAAGGAAACGCGGUGACAGUUCAAUAUGGCUGAACUUGACAAACACAAAGAAGAACCGGGGAUUGAAGCGAAAAUACAGGAGACGAGAGAGAGGUUCAAGAAUGAAUUCGUCCAAGAUUCAGCAGAAAAAUAUGACCAGAGAGACAUGGACAGACUACAAGAAGACAAUUCCAUGGUGGAGAGCUACCUGAUGUGGCGGAUUUACGUUGUGGACGACACCUUGAAAAUGAUAGACGAGAGUUUUCGCUGGAGAAAGGAGUAUGGCGUGAAUGACCUCACUGAGAGCAGCAUUCCCAAGUGGAUGUUUGAGUCAGGCGCUGUCUUCCUCCAUGGAUACGACAAAGAAGGCAACAAGCUCUUCUGGUUUAAAGUGAAGCUGCAUGUGAAGGAUGCAAAAUCGGUCAUAGACAAGAAGAAGUACGUGGCUUUCUGGCUGGAACGAUACGUCAAGAAAGAACCCGGAAUGCCCCUGACGGUUGUGUUUGACAUGGCAGAAUCUGGCAUCGGCCAUAUAGACAUGGACUUUGUGAAGUAUGUUGUAAAUUGCUUCAAAGUCUAUUAUCCUAAAUUGCUAUCAAAGAUGAUCAUUGUGGAGAUGCCUUGGAUCAUGAAUGCUGCAUGGAAGAUUAUAAAAUCCUGGUUGGGACCGGAGGCCAUCAGCAAGCUUAAGUUCGCAUCCAGAUCGGAAAUCCAGUCGUUUAUCGAUGCAGAGUACCUUCCACCUCACAUGGGUGGAAUGGAUCCGUUUAAGUACAGCUACCCUCCUCUCCCCGACGACGACUUUCAGACGCCCAUCAGCGACAAUGGACCAAUCGUCAGUGAGGAUGAGAUUGAGAGCAAGGAUGGCGAGCUAGAGAGCAAAGAUGGCCUUGAGUCCAGCUUUAACUCAGCAGAAGUUGUUGCCGUAAAGCCCAAAAAGGUGAAUUUCAUAGAGGACCAAUUGAGGGCAGAGGACAACGAUAAAGCAGAGAGCCGAACCAAAGGAGCCAGGAAACCUUUGACCACGUUUAAAGGUGCCCUGUUGGACAUCAGCCCAGCUGAAGAGCUCAGUUUUGGCUCUGGAGACACAGAGAAGAAAAGCCUCAUUAUCCUGAGCAAUGUGACCAAAAACCCGCUGGCAUUUAAGGUCCGUACCACGGCACCUGAGAAGUACAGAGUGAAGCCCAGCAGUAGCACUUGUGAACCCGGCGGCUCGAUCGAUAUAGUGGUCUCCUUGCAUGGAGGUUCUCAGGCGUCCCCCCAGGAUCGGUUCUUGGUGAUGGCUGCUGAGAUGGAUAAUGUAGGAUCCCAAGAACUGGCUCAGUUUUGGAAAGAAGUACCAAAAGCUAGGAUUAUGGAGCACAGGUUACGCUGCCAUGUGCUGGAGAGUGUUAAACCAGCAUCGAGCUCUCUGAAGGGCGGUGCGGCUGACACUGGAAACAGCCAGGACGUAAACACAGCGCUCAUGCGAUUGAUGGUCAGCAACUCCAGGCUGGAGCAAAACGUCAACACGUGUCUGUGGAUCCAGAAGGUUCUCGUUGGCUUGGUCGUCGGUCUGGUCGUGCUAAACCUGUUCUGCAUUCAUUUGCUGACUACGUCACAGCAGCCAUCUUGACCUGACGCCCUUUGAAGAAGAAGAAGCAGCCAACUGAGGGCACAUUUGCCCCUCCCUCUUUCUCUCUGUUGCCAUGGUGAGAGGAGUUAGCGCCAAAUUGAGGGGUAUGACACUUUUAAUGACCUCACAGCAUUUUUUUAUGCUGAUUAUUAUUAUAACAAAAUUGUAUUUAUUGCAAAAUAACAUGUAGGAAAAGUUUAUUUUUGUGAUCACAUUGUACAAUAUUUUAUAUGACAUUCUACCGCAGAUAUUAUAAUAAACUCUUGUCAGGAAAACUCAUUUUGUUCAGGCGCUCU